AUGGACAAGCGGUUUUUGUCCUCCGACGAAAAACUCCUCGAGAGCGGCCUGUUCUCAGAUGUCACCGUUAGGUGCGGCGACAGAACAUGGAACCUGCACAAAAACAUCCUCUGCUCGCGCAGCAUCUGGUUCGAAAAGGCCCUCACCGGCAACUUUGAAGAGGCCAAAUCCGGCAUCGUCAACAUCGAGAACUUUGAGCCCGAAGCCAUCGACAUUCUCAUCCGGUACAUCUACACCGGCAUCUGCGACAUCUCCGCCCUGUCCCCCACAACCAAGACCAACUUCGUUUCCUGCUUCGAAGUCUACACAGUGGGCGACUACUUCGCCCUCUCCUCCCUCACCAAAAUCGCCCUGGACACCCUAACCACCGAAUUUGACUCCAAAGUUGCUCCCCUCCAACUAAACUACGACUCCGGCUCGCCUACUUCAGACGGCAACGGCGUCUCCCCCGACUGGCUCCCCGAACUCUUCGAAGCCAUCCGGCUCGUCUACAACGAGGUCCCCCUCUCCGACACCGCGCACACAACGCCCCGCAUCCGCGCCGCGUUCUUAUCCUUCGUCCAUGCCGCCCGCUUCUACUUCCUGCAAAACGAGCACUUCAACGCAUUCCUCGACCAAGUCCCCGCGCUUGCGCUAGACGUCUUUCGCGCCAUGCGUAACACGGGCGACUUUAUCGCCAACCUACCCGAUGCUCAUUGUUCGUUCUGCAAGAGCAAGCCGACUCGGGCCGAGAAGGGGUAUUAUACCCAUUUGGCGACGGAGAAGUUGAAGCUAACGGCGAGCUGCUCGACGUGCGCGGGUAAGAGGGAUUUUAGCGCUGGAUGGACGGAUUGGAGCGGGAAGGUCAGGGCCGGGAAGGAGAAGACGGAGAGGGAGAAAGCGGCGACGACGGCGACGGGAACGGGAUCGGCGUUGGGUUAG